AAUUUUGCGCAUGUAAUGUAAGCGAUGACGUAAUGCAUCUUGAUUGGGCAAAUAAGCCAAUGUUAAAAUGUGAAUCGGUCUCUAUUCAGACACAGUUUACGUUUGUUUGAGAAAGUGAGCGGAUAGUUGUGUACCAAUUAGUUUUAGAUAGAUAUAUAAGUGUAAAACACUUUAUCUUGCUCAAGAAACGUAUAAAAGGGUACCGAUAAGUGUAAUUCGGAUAUAUAACUGAAGAAAAAACCUAUGAAGUAGCAAAUGUAUUUUUAUGAAAGAUCAUACUAUGGAUCAAUUUUGCGGUACUGACUUUUGGAAUAAUAGUUUAACAUGGAAUACAGAAGAUCCAGACAUCACAGAAUGUUUUCAGAAAACUGUGUUGAUAUGGGUGCCAUGUACAUUUUUAUGGCUAUUCUCUGGAAUAGAAAUUUAUUAUUUUUUAAACAGUAAAAGCAAAAAUAUCCCAUACACAUGGUUAUUUAUCUUAAAACAAAUACUCAUAGUAGCAUUGAUUAUACUUAGUAUUGUUGACAUAGGAACAGCUAUACAUAGAAGUACUUAUGUCAAAGUUUAUAAUGUUGAUUAUUGUACUCCAGUUAUAAAAAUUAUUACUUUUAUUAAGGCAGGUACUUUAGUAAUAUAUAAUAAAAAAUAUGGCAUGCAAACCUCUGGACUGUUAUAUUUAUUUUGGUUUCUCCUUACCAUAUGCGGAGUUGUUCAAUAUAGAAGUUUAUUAAGGUUAUAUAUAAAUAACCAUGAAGUUACUUAUCCAUUUGUAUCAUACAUGAUAUAUUAUCCAAUAGUGGUAUUUCUAUUCUUAUUGAACUUCUUGGUUGAUGCAGAGCCUAAAUAUUCAGAAUAUCCCAAUGUUGAAAAGCCAUGUCCAGAACAAAGAUCUUCGUUUCCAGCAAAAAUCUUUUUUACUUGGUUUGAUUCAAUGGCAUGGAAAGGUUUUAAAACACCCCUAGAAACUACAGAUUUAUGGACAAUAAAUCCAGAAGACACAGCUAAAGAAAUUGUACCUAAAUUCAACAAAUAUUGGAAUAAAAGUGCACAAAAAAGUAACAAAGUAUUUUGGACUUACUGUAGUGUACAAAAUACUAAGGCAUCAUUCAGAAAAUCAUCUGGUCGAGUAGAUUUUAAUAAUGAAUAUAAGAAAAAGACAUCAUCAGUUUUGCUUCCUCUUUGCAAAGCUUUUGGUGCCACAUUUUUAUUUGGAGCUGCACUUAAAUUCGUGCAAGAUAUUGUAAUUUUCGCUAGUCCUCAAAUAUUAAGGUUACUCAUCGAUUUUAUUGAGAAACCCGAACCGCUAUGGAAAGGCUAUUUUUAUGCAGUUUUACUCUUACUUACAGCUACAUUUCAAACAUUAGUUUUGUCUCAAUAUUUUCAUCGUAUGCUCUUAGUUGGAUUACGAGUACGUACUGCGUUAAUUGCAGCAAUUUAUCGAAAAGCAUUGAGAAUAUCUAAUUCCGCCAGAAAAGAGUCAACAGUUGGUGAAAUAGUAAACUUAAUGUCCGUGGAUGCACAAAGAUUUAUGGAUUUAACGGCAUAUAUAAAUAUGAUUUGGUCUGCACCAAUGCAGAUAGUUUUAGCAUUAUAUUUUUUAUGGGAAAUUUUGGGGCCAGCUGUGCUUGCUGGUUUAGCUGUUUUACUUAUUCUCAUCCCAAUAAAUGUCUUAAUCACUAAUAGAGUUAAGACACUACAAAUUAGACAAAUGAAAUAUAAAGAUGAAAGAGUUAAAUUAAUGAACGAAGUACUUAAUGGUAUAAAAGUAUUAAAGCUAUAUGCAUGGGAACCCUCAUUUGAGGAACAAAUACUGAAGAUACGUGCAAAGGAAAUUAAAGUACUUAAAGAAACAGCAUAUCUCAAUUCUGGAAUAAGUUUUAUCUGGUCUUUUGCACCUUUUUUAGUCUCACUGGUGUCCUUUGCAACCUAUGUACUUAUAGAUGAAAACAAUCGUUUAAGUAGCAAAGUUGCUUUUGUUUCACUCAGUCUUUUUAAUAUCUUAAGGUUUCCACUUUCUAUAUUACCUAUGAUAAUUGGUAACAUGGUUCAGGCUUAUGUUUCCGUAAAACGUAUUAAUAAAUUCAUGAAUUCAGAAGAAUUAGAUCCAAAUAAUGUCCAGCAUGAUCCAUCUGAAUCAUACACAUUAUUAAUUGAGAAUGGCACCUUUGCAUGGGAUUUGGAAAAUAUUGAAAGACCAACAUUAAGAAAUAUCAAUCUUCAUGUAGAACAGGGUCAAUUGAUAGCUGUUGUUGGUACUGUAGGAUCAGGGAAAAGUUCUCUUUUAUCAGCUCUUCUUGGAGAAAUGGACAAAAUAAGUGGUAGAGUCAAUACAAAAGGUUCUAUAGCAUUUGUGCCUCAACAAGCAUGGAUUCAAAAUGCUUCGUUACAGGAUAAUGUUUUAUUUGGGAAGUCAAUGCACAAAAAUGUAUAUAAUCGCGUAAUUGAAUCAUGUGCAUUAAAUCCAGAUUUAAAAGUGCUACCUGCGGGUGAUCAAACUGAAAUUGGAGAAAAAGGAAUAAAUUUAUCUGGUGGGCAAAAACAGAGAGUAUCAUUGGCAAGAGCAGUGUACAAUGAUUCCGAUAUUUAUUUUUUGGAUGAUCCAUUGAGUGCAGUAGAUUCUCAUGUUGGAAAACAUAUAUUUGAAAACGUAAUUGGUCCUAGUGGUCUGCUUAAGAAGAAAACUAGAAUACUUGUCACACAUGGUAUUACUUAUUUACCUGAAGUUGAUAACAUCAUUGUUCUUAAAGAUGGUGAAAUAACAGAAGUUGGAACUUACAAAGAACUUUUAGAAAAAAGAGGAGCCUUUUCUGAGUUUCUAGUGCAACAUCUUCAAGAAGUUGGAAAUCUACAUGCUGAUGGCGAAUCAGAGGCAGAUCUGCAUGAAAUUAAACAACAUUUGGAAUCUACAAUUGGAUCAAAUGAACUCCAACAGAAAUUAACAAGAGGUAGAUCAAGAAUGUCAGAAAGUCAAAGUGAAUCUGGUUCAAUGGUUGAUAAAAGAUCCUUAAAUGGUUCGUUGAAAAGACAGUAUUCUACAAGUAGUCAGCAAUCUGGUACUUACGAAAAUAGCAAUAAGAUAAAAGAAACGAAGUUAUUACCUCCAAAAUCGGGAGAAAAAUUAAUAGAGGUGGAAAAAACUGAAACUGGAAGUGUUAAAUGGCGAGUCUAUUCUCAUUACUUCAAAUCCAUUGGUUGGUUUUUAUCAAUAUCGACAAUUAUAAUGAACGCUAUUUUUCAAGGAUUUAAUAUUGGUUCAAACGCUUGGCUCAGUGUAUGGUCAGACAGUAAUUUAACAACUUAUAAUAAUACAGUCGAUCAUGCUAAACAAAAUAUGUAUCUUGGAGUUUAUGGUGGACUUGGUCUUGGUCAAGCGAUGGCGAGUUUUUUCUGCGAUUUGGCACCGCAACUGGGCUGCUGGCUGGCUGCUCGCCAGAUGCACAUAAUGAUGCUGCGUGCAGUGAUGCGUGCUCCAUUGACCUUCUUUGAUACGACUCCUACUGGUCGUAUUAUCUCCAGGUUUGCUAAAGAUGUCGACGUACUGGACACAUCUCUUCCCCAACAAAUUUCCGAUAGCAUCUAUUGUUUGUUUGAGGUCAUAGCCACUUUAGUGGUUAUAAGUUUUAGUACACCAGAAUUUAUAGCAGUCAUAAUACCAAUAAGUGUAAUUUAUUACUUUGUUCAACGCUUAUAUGUUGCAUCCUCAAGACAGUUGAAACGUUUAGAAUCUGUUUCAAGAUCUCCUAUAUAUUCACAUUUUAGUGAAACAGUUUCUGGAGCACAGAUGAUUAGGGCAUUUGGAGUGCAAGACCGAUUUAUUCAAGAAUCUGAAAGUAAAGUAGAUUUUAAUCAGAUGUGCUAUUACCCUAGUAUAAUUGCAAACAGAUGGUUAGCAGUACGUUUAGAAAUGGUUGGAAAUUUAAUUAUUUUCUUUGCUGCAUUGUUUGCUGUAUUAGGUAGAGACACUAUACAAUCUGGUGUAGUUGGUUUAUCAGUUAGUUAUGCUUUGCAAGUUACUCAAACAUUGAAUUGGUUAGUACGAAUGACUUCUGAUGUUGAAACUAACAUAGUAGCUGUAGAAAGAAUAAAAGAAUACGGAGAAACCCCUCAAGAAGCAGCAUGGAAAAAUCCAGAUUAUACAGUACCUAAAGAUUGGCCUUUGCAAGGACGAGUAGAAUUUAAAGAUUACAAAGUUCGUUAUAGGGAAGGCUUAGACCUUGUUCUUCGUGGAUUAUCAUUUUCCGUUAAGGGAGGAGAAAAGGUUGGCAUCGUUGGUAGAACUGGUGCUGGGAAAUCGUCUUUGACAUUAGCUCUAUUUAGAAUAAUAGAAGCAGCUGAUGGAAAGAUUAUUAUCGAUGACAUUGAUAUUACUAAAUUGGGACUUCAUGAUCUAAGAUCUAGAUUGACUAUUAUUCCUCAAGAUCCUGUAUUAUUCUCAGGAAGUCUAAGGAUAAAUUUGGAUCCUUUCAAUUAUUAUACUGAUGAUGAAAUUUGGCGAGCUUUGGAACAUGCGCAUCUUAAAUCCUUCAUAAAAAACUUGCCAAAUGGUCUUUUAUAUGAAUUAUCAGAAGGUGGAGAGAAUCUAAGUAUAGGUCAACGACAAUUAAUAUGUUUAGCAAGAGCAUUGCUUCGGAAAACGAAAGUACUGAUUCUCGAUGAAGCCACAGCUUCAGUUGAUUUAGAAACAGAUGAUUUAAUUCAAACAACAAUUAGACAAGAGUUCCAAGAUUGCACAGUUCUUACGAUAGCUCAUAGACUUAAUACAAUUCUUGAUUCAGACAGGGUCAUUGUGCUGGAUAAUGGGCGCAUCAUGGAAUAUGAUUCUCCAGACACAUUGCUGCAUAAUUCGACUAGUUUGUUCAGUAGUAUAGCUAAAGAUGCAGGCCUUGCUACAUAGAUAAAAUGCAUAUCGCAAAUACUGUAUAAGCAAUGAAACAAUGAUAAUUUCUAA